AUUUACUCUGUUCCGGCUUGGGGACUCUAAUUUCCCCCCCUGAAUUCAGGACUUUCCGGGAAAAUCUGUAGCUGAGUUCAGAUUUCAGGGAUGACUUGACGUCAUUGGAAAUGGGUCGGUGGUUUCUAGGUGAAAGAUUAUGCUGCUUUGCUAUAAGAGAUCCUUUCCUAUUGUUUGGAGUCCAGAGUUCCUGAUAGUAUAACUCCAAUUCACAGAUGUCAGAAAGUGCAUCUAGCAGUUGUUAAGAGCGAAAUCAUAGGGCUUCGUCUCUUGCAAGCAAUGAUUUCCCAGUUUCAUGCAUGUUUCAUACCGAUUUGACUUAAGCCUUGUGUCAAUUCUUCCUGCCAGAGAAAGAAUACCCAAAUAUUCUGUUAAAAAUAAGGAGCAAGGCAGACUAAUUUAAUCAAUGCAAGCAUCACAGCACCACAGAAGUUCAGGCAUGUCCAACACAUUGUAUUACCAGCCAAUGCAAAAAUUUGACUUCUAUUGUUCGCCGCAGGUUCAAACUUUAGACCAGGAGUUGUACUACAAGAGCAGCAACGGUGGAAGCCAAUACCCCACACAGACUUUCCAUGUACAGUACUGCACCCUGGAGUCAUCCACCGCAACUAGCAGUUACACUGUUUACAACUCACCAUCAACUGUCGGCUUCUCACCAAAUGGAAGCCCCAUUUCCAAACAGGAAUCUCAGUCAUACCCAUCCGAUCCACUCCACUCACCAGACAUGGCAGACAAUACCCAUGGUUCUCCAGUUUGCGGAUCCUGCACUAUGGAUGAUAUGAAUAGCUUUAUGCACAAGCUGAGAGAACUGGAAACAGUAAUGCUGGGACCUGAUUAUGAUAUUCUUGACAGUUAUGAUAAUACCUUGCCAGGUAGUGUAGCCUCACCCGAUAUAGAUAGUUGGAGGCAAAUCAUGGAGGCUAUUGCCAGAAGGGACCUGAAAGAGGUUCUCAUUGCCUGUGCAAAAGCAGUAUCAGAUACCGAUUUGUUGACUGCGCAAUGGUUGAUGUCUGAGUUACGUCAAAUGGUAUCAGUUUCUGGUGAGCCAAUCCAGCGUCUGGGAGCAUAUAUGUUGGAAGGGCUUGUUGCAAGAUUGGCUGCUUCAGGGAGUUCCAUCUGUAAAGUUUUGAAAUGCAAAGAACCUGCAAGCGCUGAGCUUCUUUCUCAUAUGCACAUUCUUUAUGAGGUCUGCCCAUACUUCAAGUUUGGAUAUAUGUCAGCAAAUGGUGCCAUUGCAGAAGCAAUGAAGGAUGAAAACAGGGUUCACAUCGUCGAUUUCCAAAUUGCUCAAGGGAGUCAAUGGAUUACUCUAAUCCAGGCUUUUGCAUAUCGCCCUGGUGGGCCACCCCACAUCCGCAUAACUGGUAUCGAUGAUUCCACAUCUGCUUAUGCACGUGGAGGAGGACUGAACAUCGUUGGUCAGAAGCUAUCCCAGCUUGCCAAGUCAUUUAAUGUGCCUUUCAAGUUCCAUCCUGCAGCCAUGUCUGGUUGUGAGGUUCAGCUGGAAAACCUGGGAAUUCGACCAGGGGAGGCACUGGCUGUGAAUUUCGCGUUUAUGUUACACCACAUGCCAGACGAAAGUGUCAGCACUCAAAAUCAUCGUGACCGGCUGUUGAGGCAGGUUAAAAGUUUGUCUCCCAAGGUGGUGACCCUUGUUGAGCAAGAAUCUAAUACAAAUACUGCAGCAUUUUUCCCUCGUUUCGUUGAGACUCUGGAUUACUAUACGGCUAUGUUUGAAUCGAUUGAUGUGACUCUUCCGAGAGAACGCAAGGAACGGAUCAAUGUUGAGCAGCACUGUCUGGCAAGAGAUGUGGUUAACAUAAUAGCUUGUGAAGGGAGUGAGAGGGUGGAACGGCACGAGCCGCUCGGGAAGUGGAAGUCACGGUUCAGAAUGGCAGGUUUUACUCCAUGUCCAUUGAGUUCUGUGGUGAAUGCUACAAUCAAAAGGUUGUUACAGAACUACUGUGACAGAUAUAGGCUUGAAGAAAGAGAUGGAGCUCUGUAUCUUGGUUGGAUGAAGAGAGAUUUGGUUGCUUCUUGUGCAUGGAAGUGAAAACAGAGGCAGUGUUUUGACUUGUUUUUAAAGGAUCUGGAGGCCAAGCUGAGGUAGAACCUUUUAUCUGCUUGUUCUUUUGUAAGUUGCAAAUAAUUGGAACAAUGGGUUCCCUCAGUAGUGCAUCUUCAAUAUAAGUGAUAUUUAGCUUCGGAACUGUUUUUUUUGAAUUUCCUUACGAAUUCUCUAAUCUCAGUGUUGAUGGUUUAUUUUUGACCGAAUCGGAGAAGGGAUUAGUCGAGAUGCGCGUAAGUUAGUUCGGACAUCCUUGACUAUUGAACAAAAAAAAAAGUGUUAUUUUAG